AUGCCGAAGCACACUCGCUCGUCAAGCUCGAGCCACAAUCGUUACUCCAAUCAAAACCAGAUGCCUGUCUCCCUUGCGCCGUCGGCUCCGGUCCCCAUCUAUACCACGCGGCCGUCGCUCCCCCUGAACACGGGGGCGGCAUAUUACCCAACCAUCGGGUCUUCCGCCCAGCCGCAGCCCCCGAUGCAGGCGCAGACAUACGACCCCUAUCCCGCAGACGUCGUACCGCAGGCCCCGCUGCCGAACCGCCCCUCUUCUGGAGCUUGGACUGUCCACGAUGACCAGAACUUGGUGAUGGCGAGGCAGCAGGGGCUCAACUGGGCCCAGAUUCAGAGCAGUUAUUUCCCGACCAAGUCGCCCAAUGCUUGCCGGAAGCGCCAUGAAAGGCUCAUGGAGCGCAAGGGAGCCGAUGACUGGGAUAACAGGAAGCUCGAGCGCUUGGCUAAGGAGUACAUGAGCAUGCGAAAGGAGAUCUGGCAGCCAUUAGCGGCGCGAACCGGAGAGAAAUGGAUCGUUGUUGAAGCAAAGUGUAUGAACAACGGGCUCAAGAAUCUUCAGUCUGCGGCUCGGUCGGCGUCUCGCCGCGAGCGGCUAGAAACUGGUGGUCCAAUCCAUGGGUAUGACGACGACAGCGGCAUUUCCGGCAUUGGUCUGACACCAGUAGAUGACCUCGAUGCUUCGUACAGUAGCCCCGAGACUACCGCAUCUAGCUCAGGCGGUAGCAACGGCGGUGGCUACCACAGCGGCAUGCACCACAUGGCUCUCAAUAGCCACCCUUACGGCGCAAACUACACAGCUAGCACGGGCGGACUCUCUUCAAGCUACGGCUCCUCUGUAUCCUCGACAGCGGCAGUGGCCGCGCAUUAUGGCACUGCUAUGGCAGGCUCUCACUCGCAGGGAGGAUCUCCCUACCUGGGCGAUGGGCAGAGGCUCCCAAAUGACAUGGGAAUCGACGCCAUCAUCAAUCGACCGGGCCGCAGCGGCGGGCACACUUCCACCAUGCGGCGAGAGGAUAUGAUUUAA